CAACUCCCAGAACUCCAUUUCAACGGCAAGCCAAAGGUUCAAACACCGAAACAGCACUUUUUGUGCACGUUGGUGCCACCCUUAGCGUGCGCAGCUCAGUCUUGUGCAGGUGUUUUGCAUAAGGGAGCCCUUCGCUUUCGCCUUAACAGUGUGCCAGACGCUACCUGAAGUCAUGGCCGACCAGGUGGCUGCCAUGUGUGAUCAGCUUAUCAAAGCUGUGAAUGUCAUGAUGGAUGCAGAAACAAGCCAAAUUUACCGACUGGAGGCCCUAAAGUUUUGUGAAGAGUUUAAAGAGACCAGCUCCCUCUGUGUGCCAUGUGGCUUACAAUUAGCCGACAAAGCCCAGCAGGCUGUAGUGAGACACUUUGGCUUGCAAAUCCUGGAGCAUGUCGUCAAAUUCCGCUGGAACAACAUGCAACAGCAAGAGAAAGUCCGUUUGAAGGAGUGUGCCAUGCAGCUGUUAUCAAAUGGUACCCUUCCUAUCCUGGAGGAGGAGAGCCACAUCAAAGAUGUCCUGUCACGAAUCAUAGUGGAAAUGAUAAAGAGAGAGUGGCCUCAGCAUUGGCCAGAUAUGCUGAAAGAGAUGGAGGCCCUCACUAGCCAAGGGGAGGCACAGACAGAGCUGGUGAUGUUGAUCCUGUUGAGGCUGGCAGAAGAUGUGAUCACCUUCCAGACGUUGCCAACGCAGCGACGCAGAGACAUCCAGCAGACGCUCACUCAAAACAUGGAAAGCAUCUUCAGUUUCAUGAUGGCCAUCCUGCACAUUAACGUCGAGGACUACCGUAAACUGAAAGGGUCACCUGGACAUGAACUGCAGGCCAGAGCUCACUGUCGAGUGGCUGUGGCUACACUGAACACUCUUGCAGGCUACAUAGACUGGGUGUCUCUGGUGCACAUUACCUCUGGAAACUGUCAUCUACUGGAGAUUUUGUGUUUGUUGCUGAGUGAACCAGAGCUGCAGCUGGAGGCAGCUGAGUGUCUGCUCAUCGCUAUCAGCCGGAAGGGCAAGCUGGAGGAUAGGAAACCAUUCAUGCUGCUGUUUGAUGAUGUGGCCAUCCACUACAUCCUGUCUGCAGCCCAGUCAGCAGAUGGAUUGGCAAUAUGUAAGAAAUCCUCUGAAUCGCAAACGGUGGAGGUGGUGGAGCGGCGCUACAUCUUCCUGAAGAGGCUGUGUCAGGUCCUGUGUGCUCUGGGAGGCCAGCUCUGCUCAUUAGUGGGUUCAGACGUAGAGGUCGAAGUACCUGCCAAUCUCAGCAAAUACAUGGAGGCCUUUUUAGCUUUCACUACACAUUCCAGUCAGUUUUUAAAGUCGUCCACUCUGGCCACUUGGGGAUCUUUGUUCAGACAUGAGACUCUGUCGAAGGAAGCAGUCGUUGUGGAGAUGUCCAUCAAAUACCUCAGAGCGUCUAUGACCAACCUAGUCAAAACUGGAUUCCCUUCUAGAGACGACAACCCCAGUUGCGAGUACUCCCGUGUCGACUUUGACAGCGAUGAGGACUUCAAUUCAUUCUUUAAUUCUUUUCGAGCACAGCAGGGAGAAGUGCUGAGGAGUGCGUGUCGCAUUGUUCCUCUGGAGGCUUUCCGGAUAGCAGCAGAAUGGUUGCAGUAUCAAAUCAGCAGCCCUAUUGAUACUGGGGACACCACGUCCAAGACUGCCGAGGGCCUGUGUUCACUCCUGUCUCCAUCAGUGGUCCAGUGGGAUGCAAUGACCGUCUUCAUGGAGUGCAUGGUCACACAGAUCUUCAGAAGUCUCGAGGAGGAGAAGUUGCCCAUAGAUCAGGGCAUAGAGCUGCUGCAGGCCGUGCUGAACUAUGACACCAAAGACCCCCUCAUCUUGUCCUGUGUGCUCACCAACGUCUCAGCCCUCUUCCUGUUUGCCAUUCGAAGACAGCACUUCCUGCCACAGGUCCUCUGCAAGCUGUUUAAAGCCAUCACAUUUGAUAUUAGUCAGGAAAACAAGGCACCUCGGACCCGAGCUGUGAAGAACGUGAGGAGGCACGCCUGUUCCUCCAUUAUCAAAAUUUGCCGGGAUUACCCACAGUUCAUCUUGCCGUGUUUUGACAUGUUUUAUGAUAACGUGAAGAAGCUGUUCUCCGGUGACGCCAUGCUGACUCACAUGGAGAAAUGUGCGCUGAUAGAAGCUCUGGUGCUCAUCAGUAACCAGUUCAAAGACUUUGCAAAACAGAAAGCUUUUCUAGAUGAACUGAUGGCGCCAGUGAUUGCAGAACUGACCUCGGAUGAGAUGAAGCGUGUGCUUUGGGAUCCUGUUGCGUUCCUUUCUUUUGUCGGUGCCGACCAGGUGGUCACUGAGCAAAGUAAAGAUACAGACACAGCAGGCCUUAAUAGGGGGCGGUUGAGUUUCUGUUUGUAUGCCAUGCUGGGGGUUGUGAAGCGGGCACGCUGGCCUACAGACCUGGAGGAAGCUAAGGCUGGUGGCUUCGUGAUGAGCUACACCCCCGCUGGAGCACCCAUCUACAGAAACCCCUGCACCUCCCACUUCCUGGUCCUGCUGCCCAAUCUGCUGGCUCUAAUCAGGACUCUCAAUAGUCUGUUCAUGCCGGAGAACGUGGCCCGUCUGAGUGAGACCUUCUCCAGGGCCCAUGACUUGAUGGAUGCAGAUAAAAAUGUGGUUCUUGGUGUCUCUCAGCAUCCUCUGGAUAUUUAUGACACGCCAGUGUACAGGAGCAACCUGGAGCGCAUGCAGGGGUUUUUCACUACACUGUAUGACAACUGCUUCCAAGGCCUGGGAAAUGCAGGUCAGUCACUGCAGCAGGAAUUCUACACCAUUGAGAGAUUGGCUGAAGAAAUAGCUGGCUCUGCUUUUGUGUCCCUCGACCAUGUGCCUGACCACAGACUUCGUCCCAUGAUUCGGUUGUUUCUGAGGCAGCUGGUGCUAUCAUGUCCUCAGGAGUACUUUGACAGCCUGCUCUGCCCCCUGCUGGGACCUCUGUUCGCCUACAUGCUGCAGAGACUCAACGUCAAGUGGCAGGUCAUCAACCAGAGGACCUCUGUCAAUGGCGAGGAUGAGGAAGAGGUGGUGUGUCAGGAGAGCCAGGUGACGCAGGAGAUGUUGGAGGAGCAGAUGGUCCGCCUGCUCACCAGGGAGGUUCUGGAUCUCCUCUCUGUGGCCUGUAUUUCCAAAAAAGUGCCUGAAUCAGCAGCAAAUAAGGAGGAAAUGGAGGAGGAAGACAUGAUGAUCAGUGAUUCAGUGCAGAUGGCGUCUCCUUCCCAGCCCACAGAGGAGCUGACUGAGCUGGGGAAAUGCCUGAUGAAACAUGAGAACAUCUACAUGACCUUGCUGACCCUCUCCUUCACCUCACUGUCGUGGAAGGACACCACUAAUUGUCACCGCACUGCUUCCAUGGUCUGCUGGACCCUUCUGCGGCAGGUCGUAGGGGGUAAUCUUCUUCCUGAGGCGGUCACAUGGUUCUUCGCCAGUGUUCUUCGGGGCCUUCAGGUUCAUGGGCAGCAUGAGGUCUGCAACUCCACCCUCUCUCAGCUGGCCAUGCUCAUCUAUGAAAACCUGCGGCCUCGCUACAUGGAGCUGAGGGCAGUGAUGAUCCAGAUCCCAAACAUCAGUGUUGAGGGUCUGGACCAAUAUGAUCACAGGCUCAUGGACCCCAAUGCCCAGAAGUUUGGAGAGAAGAAGAGGAAAGACCAAUUCAAGAAACUCAUUGCAGGAACUGUUGGGAGAGCUCUGUGCCAGCAGUUCAGGAAGGAGGUUCAUAUCCGGAAUCUUCCAUCGCUCUUUAAAAAGCCGAAGCCAGACAAGGAUAUACUGAAAAGUGAAGCACUGGGCCUGGCAGCUCUCUUCUCCCCAGAGAACAACACCCUGUAGGAACACUCAUUGGUUCUAACGGACUUCACACUGACUGAAGACGGAGUUAUGUGUACAAUCCAGGGUUUCCCUCACCAUCAUCCAGCUCGGGCAGUGCAGUGCUACCUAACAUAACUGUCAACACUCUUUUUUUUCACUCUUUUAUUUUAACUCUUAGCAGCACCACUCUUACUCCUGUAUGAUAUUUUUCCACAACUCAUUUGUACAGGCAGGUAGAUCCAUUUUUAAAUCCUAUUGCACACUUCAUUUCCUCACGCACAACAACAAAGUGUGUAAGCUAUGGAAAUAUGUAAGAAAUACUUCAGAUAUGUCAGAAAGAAUGGUCCGUCUCUGUGUCAGAUUGUGUUAAGAGACAAUCUUAAAAUGGCAGACCAACCAUUAAUGUUUGCUCUGCAGCAGACACAGCCACAAAAAUACCUUAAAAUAGGCCGAGCAUGAGGCACAGUAAGCAUGUUGUAACUCUUUGGAACUAGAGAAUCAAACUGGGAGCCCAGCUGUGUUUUGAUAUUCAGCAUAGAAAUUGGCAUCUAAUGAUCUAAUCCAAACAAGCGAAGCCAGUAUAGCCAAAGGCUGCAGCAGUAGCUUGUUAGGAAGGAGUAUGUAUGUGUGUGGUUUGUGGAGAGAUGGAGACCUUUUGUACUUAAAAAAAAAAAAAGAAAGAAAGAAAACCCCCCCCCCCCUUGUUGUUUUUUUUUUUUUUUUUUUUUAUUUUUGUAAUUUCAUAGGUUAAUGUUGGCAGAUAUGUUGUGGGACCACGCUGCUGUUAGAUUCUGGUUCAGAAAGAAAGAAAAAUCUUGGACAACUCCUGGUACACAUUUCUCGAUUUCUUUUGACUGGACAAGCUUGAAUGCAGUUUCUGAUUCUGAAAGACGUGCUAUUGUUAGCUCAGGUGCAACGGUCUCUAUGAUGGGGUGACGAUACUUUAUGGAAACAUAGCCUAAGAAGAGAAAAGCAGCCGCAUUACGGUUUUAUAAAUGGUUAUUGUAGAUUUAUGUAUGAACAACAGUAUUCUAUUUUGCAGAUACUACACAGUAGAUGGUUAAGGCAACGAUGGUCUGCAUUUUGCCACUUCUUCAUAUCAGCACGAUUUACACGACCCAAAUACUGUUUUGAAUUGUUUAUUCAAUGCAGAGCACAUAUCAUACAACCAAAAAAAAGACAAAGAUUUGUGCCAAAACACUCAAGGUACUAGUUCAGCAAACAUGACAAGAUAAUUGUAUCUGACAAGCAAAAACUAAUAAUGUAACUUUUGUAAAGAUUAUUUAAGGGUGGACACAACAUAUAAUGUGUAGCUUAAUCCAAGUCUUUCUGUUUUGUAAGUGUUCAGUUGGUGAUGCUAUUCGGUUUUUCAUGUGUUUGUGUUUAUACUGGUAUUUCCAGCCAUGAAGAAAAGAUGAACCAGCACUACAUUCCUUCAUUGUCCAAGGGAUUGCUUAAGAAUAAUUUGUUGGAUAUAUUUUGCUCUUAUGGAGCUGUCAUGAUUAGACUGAUUUUUUUUUUCUUUUUCUUUAACUGUGUUGUGUAGAUUCAGACCAAAAUAAAUGGUUUUGGCUUGGAGUGAACCCUUAAAUUUUAGACAGGUCUGCAUUUCAGAUGGUGUUUUACUGGAACGGCUUGACAUCAAACUUGCCAGGAAAUGGAACAUUUAAGAAAUUUGGUUUUCACAUGAAUUCAUUCUGUCUUUGUGAUGAUUGUUUGCUCACAUGUGGCCAUUUUUAAAAAUGCUUGUUCAACACUAAAAUGUUCUGUACAAAAGAGAAAACAAGCUUUUUAAAAGUGUAGUGUGGUUUAUAUUUUGUUUUUAAAUAAUAAUAAAAAAAAUCAGUUUGUCUGAAA